AUGGCAAACUUUAAUUUGUAUAUGAUCAGCUGUUUGCUCCUUACUUCCACACUGAACUGGCAUACAACUACAUCAAUGCCGGUGCACAACCACCUGAGCACGGACAAGUUCUUAAAAUGCUCGCCGCUCUUUAGGAGCCUCUUGACUAAUAUCAGUGGACUUGUUAUCAAAAGUGAAAUUAUGUGUUAUGGCAUCCCAUCCAGUAACGCAAAUGUGAGCAGCACAGCUGAGACAGCUCAAGCCUGCGCACCUAAUAUGCAACAGAGUUUGACCUGCAUGGCCCAAAGGAAUACGUCCUUUAAUGAGAGUGGAUGUGUGAUGAGCAUCAUGAAGGACGUGACCUACUAUGAUGCUCUCAUUCAGUCGUACCUUAAGUUGGAUCACAGGAGUGCCGAAGAAGAAAAGCUCCUCAACUCCACCUUGAAAAUAAUCCACAACCUGAAGGUGUGCAGGGGUCUUUUUUGGGGUGGACUGAACUCUGCAUGGGAGGACGUGCCCCACAUGUGGGAAAGGGACAGCUUCAAAGACCGACAUGCGAUGUGCGCGAUAAUGAGGGGCUUCCAAAUCAGAGCUGUCACCAUUAAUAGAGCGAUAGGCUACAUCUCAUCUGGAGACCACCUAAAGUGA